AUGACGGAGAGGAUGAAAAAGGGACACGUUGAGAAUGUGAAGAGCGUGGUAGAUGUUGAGGUGGAAUCAAUGUUGGAUUGUGGAAUGCUAGGAUUCCCAUGCACUGGGAACAAACUAUCAUGGGCUGGAAAGCGCACUAAUGGCACUGUUCGGUGUCGCCUUGAUCGUGCUCUUGGCAAUGAAGACUGGCAUGAAAAGUUUCCACACUCCAAAGUCCAGUACUUAAGAAUGUGGGGAUCAGAUCAUCGUCCGGUCCUUGCGGAUAUACUAUCUAAGCCAACCAGAAAGAGGAAAACUUUCAAGUUUGAUAAGCGUUGGUUAGAAAGUGAAGAAAUAAGACAAGUAAUCUUAGAUGGCUGGAACUCCUCUGAUCUUUCCCCGGAUGCAAGCAAGUGGAUCAUAUAUCCAGCUGCAGAAAAGCAUUAUCUCAGUGGAAAAGAGAAAGGGAUAUAA